UGGACAGUGUUUGAGAGUGUGUGUGCAUGUUUGUGCGUGUGUGAGGGCGAGCGUGAAAGUGUGUAUGUUAGCACUUCCACAUGGCCUCCAUGCAGGACGGGGUGAACUUCUCUGCUCAUCCCUAUGGCAAAGUACUGCUGCUGGGGGCCAUCGCCGCCGCCUCAGCCUUCGUUGUCACCAUCCUCAUCGUCGUGCUGUGUGUGGGCUGCCAGAGGAAGGGAAAGACACACAAUGGCCCUGGAGAGGAAAGAAAGCACAGGCUCAUGGACAUGAGUAUACUGCGACAGUCCAAGCUGACCUCCAUCAAAUCUUCUAAGAAGAAUCGUCCCGCCAGCAUGGAUCUGCUCCUGCUUCCUAGCCGUCGCUCAAACUCCGACCUGCGUUCUCAGGGCCGCCAGCUGCCUCAGAUCCCCCCUGGUGAGGACGGGGAACACACGUACGCCGAGGUGGGCCGCCGCUCUUCUCCCACCCGCGGUUCUGAGGAUGCCCGGUAUGGCGUUGGAGGUCGAGCUGGAGAGACGGAUACACCUGCCCCACCGGCGGUCCCUGCUAAUACCCCUGCUCCACCUGACCCGGAUGGGGACUGCUUGGAAGGUGGUAUUCCGGAAACAGAGACCCUCCCCCAAGUGGUAAACACGCCCCCUCAACCGCAGGAAACAGUGGAGUACGCCUGCAUCAGAAAGGUCCGGAGAGCAGACAAAGCAGCACAGAAGAGAGACAAUGGGACCGAGACCGAGGAGGGGCUUGGACAACAACAACGACACAGCGGUGGGGAAAUUCGGCCUGCUCCGCCCACUCAUCCAGCCCCGCCUCUAACACACCCACACAGUCAGAAAAUUCCUCGGAAAAACAUGGAUGCCUUCAAUCUUCCGUCUUUCCCCAAGGAGGCAGUGUUUAUGGGAAAUGGAGAACAGUACAUAUGGAAACCUCCGGAAGACGAUGACAUCAUCUUCCAGCAGAAACAGAUGGGUAUUCUGAGCUCUCAUGCUGGAGAGAAUAUGGCAGCAUCUGCAGCAGGGAUCACAGAGAUGUAUUCAAAAGUUUGCAAACCGGGCAAAAAGAAGCGAGGAAUGCCUGGCUCACCCACCGCCACGAGGGACAUCAGCGGCUAUAGGACCUUGGCUCGAGGUGACCGCGGUGAGCGUGACGGGGGUUUCAGCGUGGUAGUUAAACCCCAAACGUGGGCCCCGCAGGAGGGCAAAGGCACAAGAGCUCCACCCAGCGCCAUGGAGGACCUCUGCUACGAAGCCAUCAGCACUGAGGAAACAGAACUGGCUUACGAGACCAUGGAGAGUGGGGGAGGCUGGAGGCGCGACAGGCCUCCACCCAAUGCCAGUGCCACCUUGCGUCCCAAGCGGAAGCGACCCCAGCAACCUUUGCAACAACCACCGCCACCCCCUCCACCCCCCCAGCAGACCCCCAAACUGCAGCAUCUCCCAGCCAAAACAAUGCUGAUUCCGGGGGAGAGCUUGUACGAAAGCAUCCCUGACCUGAAGCAAGGCUCGGCCACCUCCAGCACAACCACCAUCUUUACUUUUAAUGAUGGCAUGGAGAUGUAUGUCACUGGCCUGUAGGGGGCGCUCUGGGGAAGGGAACUUUCAUCUCUGGGGCUUGAAUCUUGAAUUGGGACACUUAUGCGUGUUGUAACCCAAUGGGAUACACGCAUUGCGCCACUGCUAUAUAUUUUAGAUGGGUUUCAAGUAUUAGUUGAGCAUUUAUAGAGUUUUGUAAGUCUAGUAAAAGGUCAGUAUUCCUGCAGCACAAAAUGACAGAAUGCUUACGUGAAAAUCCAAACAAAAUGAUUUCGAUUAGUCUCACGCCUCCAUUACAAAGAAGAAAAAUAGUCACCAGCCACAACAUAUCACAACGGACACAACAUAUUAUAACCGACAGUAGCAUUCCUGUAGAGAAAAUUCUUAUUUAUUUUGUCAUUACAUGCUGUAGUUAAAAACAAAGUGACCAUUGGAAUUGAGGGUCAAACUUGUAUUUGAUGCCUAGAAAAUCCCAAAUUAGAAAAAAAAGUCUAUAACAAAAGUAACUUGAUAAGACGCACAGUUUAAUUGUGUUCCCGUGGUCCUCUGAGAAGGAAAACAAAUAAUUUGGUAAGAUGGCAAAGUAACAUCAAAAGUAAUUGCCAAACAAAAUAUUAUAUAUUGACAAAAAUGCUUUAUUUAAUUUGUUCAUAGAAGAGUCUUAUUUUAAAAUUGUAAGCGCCAUUUCCUGAAAACUUUAGGAAACACAUGAUCCUAUUUUUUUAAUGUCACGGCCUCUAUUUAUGUAAAAUAAUUUACUUUAGAGCUAAAAUAAAGAUUCUAAUUCAAUUGGUCAAACAGAUCCUGUAUGCCAAAAAAGUAUUUUCUUAAGCACAAAUAUCUCAUGCUUAGCAUGUCAUCUGUCUGAGACAGUGCCCUUAUGAAACUGAUUUAAAAUCUGUUAAAAGUAAUAGAUUGUAAAUUGCAAUUGUCAAUAAAGCAAGAUCACGGAGAAAAAAGCAAAAGCUCAGGGACAGUGAACAAAAAUAUUAAAUAAUUGCACACAAAACGGUAUGACAUAUCUCAUAAGAGACCCCCGAUGUCUUUUCAUGUUAUUUUCUUGUUUUGGUCAUACAUCAAUUCAAACUGUCACAUAAGUCACCACAGCACUUCAGUGCGGUAAAGUAAGUGUUUUUCUUUGUCGAUACUGUUA